UGGCCAUUCUCUCCCAAUUUCAUUCAACUCUUGACUUGGCUAGUAAAUUUUUAAUAAAGGCAGACCAAUCAGACACACACAUAAUACUUGAGAAAAGUUGCAAAAUUUUAAAACACUCAAGGGUGAUGAGUCACUCCAACAACUCAUCUGAUCAAGCUCACCAUCUCAAUCGACAAAGCCCUCCUACCAACCCAUCAUCAUCAUCAUCAUCAGCUCAGACUCAUGAGACUCAUGCUCAAGACUGGAGCAAGAACAGUCAUAAUAAGAGUAGCAACCAGGAGAACAACCCAUUGGCAUCACCAUCACAGCCGCCACCCAUCAAGCCAAAGAAGAAACUAGGCCGUCACCUUCCUACCUGUUCUGGUUGUCGCAAGCGACGGACCUGGUGCGACAGAGGUAGACCGUGUUCUGAAUGUGACAAGCGCAACAUGGCUUGCGAUUAUUCGGCAACAGUCCACUAUACCUCGAUCGCCGAACAAGUCGACCGUGAUGAAUAUAUCGAACGACUCGAGGCGGAGGCACGUCUCCGCGCCUUCGAAGGGCCCACUACUCUCAAGUAACAGCAGUACUGGCUCUCUUUAAGCCCGGCUUGCUCAUCUUGGCCUCGUGUCUUUGUUUUAUCAUUCCUUCCAUCAUGUAUCCUAUCCUACAAGCUGAAAACUGUUCUUGAUAUUAAUUGUACCCCCAAAAAAAACACGAGUCAACAUGUACUACAGAAUACGUAAAAAUUGAGCAACCCCCAUCUAUUGAAAAUGUACUCUACCACAAGAAAGUAAAAGCUUCGACAAUUGAUUUGUCUUGUCUUACAAAACAAAAAUAAAGCGAGCAUGGUGUUCAUACAAGGAUGAAAUAUUGAAUACAAAAGAUGUUAAGAAUACAAGAAUACGAGUGAAUUUGAUACACAGGUACUUGUACAAAGAUUCCGUCGAGCUGCACGUAAUAAGUGUGAAAAAUACAUUAAGUGAAAACGACAAGGUUCUGGAUGGAUUGUCAGAGACGGAUGUGCUAGUUGAUUUGGGCACUGCUUGUCUCACUCCCUCUGAUUUUG